CAAGGGGAACUCACCAGCUCCACGACCAGAGGAGCCGACACCCAACCCAGUACCAACGCGCUCCGAGCACACCAAGACAACAUGCGUCCAUCUCAGGACCUCCGGCUGGCCGUGCUCCUCCUUUUGUCAGCCUCCGUCCUCCUCCCCACAGCCAGAGCCCAGCAGGAAACCGAGGAGGAGGAGGAGUUCAGCUACUCGCUGGACGCAGAGAAUGGGCCGGCGCACUGGGGCGACAUCAAGGAGGAGUGGUCCGCGUGCGGCAAGGGCAACAUGCAGUCGCCCAUCGACCUCGCCAGCCCGCGCGUCUCCCUCGUGCGCGGCCUCGGCUACCUCAACCACUCCUACGCCCCAGCCAACGCCACCAUCGUCAACCGCGGCCACGACAUCAUGCUCAAGUUCGAGGGCGACGCCGGGAGCGUCUCCAUCGGUGGCACGCCCUACUUCCUCCGGCAGUUGCACUGGCACUCCCCCACGGAGCACAGUGUCAACGGCCGCCGGUACGACAUGGAGCUACACAUGUUCCAUGAGAGCACCGAGGGCAAGGCCGCCGUCAUCGGCAUCUUCUACGAAAUCGGUGCCCACGACGCCUUCCUGCACAAGCUGGAGCCAUACCUGGAAAUGAUAGCGGAUCGGAAGGACAGGGAGGAGAAGAUGGGGAUGAUGGACCCGAGGGGCGCCCGGGGCAAGGCCAGCGUCUACUACCGCUACCUGGGCUCCCUCACCACCCCGCCCUGCUCAGAAGGGGUCAUCUGGACCAUAGUCAAGAGGGUGCGCACUGUGUCGAGGCACCAGCUGGAGCUUCUUAGGGAGGCUGUUCAUGAUGUAAGUUUUUUUCCCUUCUGUUUCUCUAAUCCUUUUCAUGAAAGAGAAGUCUUGCUAUUCUCCUCGUGCAUUCAACUCUUGUCUUUCAGCACUUUACAUCGGAUGGUAGACCUUAACCGUGGACCGCUAGAAAUUCCACAGCGGCAUGAAAGCCGCCUUUAAUUUCGUCUAUCUCCACCCAUGGACUCGAAAUUUUUUGGACUGAUUUUCCUUCAACCCUACAUGCAGGACAUGGAGAAGAACGCGAGGCCCCGUCAGGAGGUGAACAGCAGAGAUAUCAGCAUGUUCCGGCCUUUUGAGCAAAAUAGACAUUGAUUACUAGUGUUGGUCCUUUGGCUAAUUAGUCUGGUGCUUCAGCUAUUUUUUAUGUAUAUGGUUAUAUCAUUUUUGUACGUAGUAGUUAUUUCCAUCCACUUUCAAACUUUCUAUACGGCUACUGAAUAAUAAAUGAACACGACCAGUUCAUGUC